CCAGCUAGCUAGCUCGGUGAGAUAACACGAAGAUUUUUUUUCACCCAGAGCUAACAUUACGACACCGUAACUAACAGCAGUCUAAGUCCAUCUCUGCAGCGGUGAAACACCCCUUUAAACGGGCCAGUUCACUUCAGCUGACAUCAACAGCUUCGUGAGGAGCUGUCCCAGUCAUCCCACCUGAUCUGACAUUCCAUCACCUCAUCUACUGAUCCACUCACCUGCCAGCAUGGCUAACACAGACUCUGUCCGUGUUCGGGUCUUCUCUCUGAACUGCUGGGGGAUCAGAUACCUUAGCAAACACUGUCCUCAGCGCUAUGCCAUGAUUGGAGAUAUGUUGUGCAAGGAAGAGUAUGAUCUUGUCCUACUACAAGAGGUGUGGAGUGAGAAAGACUAUCUCUCCUUGAAAAAGAAACUUUGCUGUAUUCAUCCUCACUCACAUUACUUCAAAAGUGGGGUCAUAGGCAGUGGACUGGCCAUUUUCUCCAAACACAGAAUCCAUGAUACAUUUCUUUAUCGCUACUCACUGAAUGGUUAUCCAUACAUGGCUCACCAUGGAGACUGGUUUGGAGGUAAAGCUGUUGGGAUGGCCGUCUUAAACAUCGGCAAGCUGACUGCAAACGUCUAUGUCACUCAUCUGCAUGCAGAGUACUGCAGAGACAAGGACUCUUAUCUACCUCACAGAGUGGUUCAAGCCUGGGAGCUGCAGCAGUUCGUUCGUCACACCUCUGCUGGAGCAGAUGUGGUGAUUCUUGGCGGUGACCUCAACAUGCAUCCUCAGGACCUCGGGAACAGACUGCUGAGGGCCUACACUGGACUCCGAGACUCUUAUGUAGAGACUGCUAAGUUCGAUGGAUGUGAGGAUGGUAUAACUCUCAUAGCAGACAACCCUUUUAUCAGUAAGAAAGAGCUUGUUCCUUUCGAGAAUGGAAUCCGAAUUGACUACAUCCUGUUCAAGGGUUCUUCCAAAUUGGAUAUUCAUUGUGAUUCCAUGUCCACCACCAAAGGCUCCGUCCCCGGCCAUCCUUUCCCGUACUCCGACCACGAGGCUCUGACGUCUGAACUGAGACUUGACCCACACACUCCAGCUGAGACCGGAAGUGACGGGCAGUCUAAGGAUCAGGACUGUGCUGCAGGGAAGGGCGCUGAGUUGGUGGACAUUCUGACAGAAGCCCGUACGGAAGUCAAAGUGGGCUUGCACUGCGCUGAGAGGAUGCGCUACACAGCAACACGCACCGGAGUGAUGGGGUUGGCUCUGCUGAUUCUGGAGCUGGCCAUCGCAGCCGUGCCCUGGUUGGCCCUUGGAGCAGAACAACCUUUCCCUCGUACUUCCUUUUACCUGCUGGCCGCGUUGUGCUUCGCCAUCCUGCUUACCACCUUUCUGCUGUACAUCUUCUACACCAUGGAGCUGAAAUCACUUCAGGGGGCUGAGGACCAGAUGAGGCUGGCUAUAGGUAGUCUGCAAGAGAAGCUCAGAGGUUUUCCUCUGGCUCAGCCCCACAAUGCCCAGCGGAAGCCCCCAGAGGGUGAUGAGCCCACUGCCUUCGAUCCAGAGGAGUAGUACAGGAGGCAGCUGGGUUUAGUGAAAUGACACCUUUAAAAGUUUGAAGGUGUCGUUGCUUCUGUGAAUGUGUUUGAUGCUCUUGAGAUUUAGAUUUGUACUUCAGAAUGAACCAUAAUUGAAGGAUGUUUCUGGAAGUAGUGCAGGACACAUGCUUUGACAUUUUUAUACUUUUUAUAUACUCGUCUGUAACCUUGUAUGAACCCUAGAUUUCCCUCUAUGCACCUUCACACAUAAGCUUCCUAUUACACAGUAAGAUACACCUGUGCUGAUUUGUGUUUUAAGGUCCUAAAUGUGAGCAUUUGUGUUUUUUAAGCCUCAGGUCCGACUUGCAUUCCAUCCAUCGGUAGUUUCAGUGGGAUCAGAUAUUUCUGGUUUUUUUGUUUCCGUUUUUUUGUAAUUUGCUGCAGUCCACAUCACAAUCACGGUGGGUCCAGACUGUGUUUGCAGAUUUACUUACUUAAAUAUGUACAGAAAUUAGCCUGAUGAUCCCAACUGCACAGAAGACCCAGACUCUCUGAAGGUUGUACUGUAGGUUUAUAUUUUGGUCAGUAACAGAUUUAUUUCUGCAGGACAGAUUGCUGAGAGCUUCCAGUAACACUUAGAGACAAUAUCCUCAUGUACCAGUAUUCAGUCUAUUAUAUUAUAGGAAAAGGGCAAAAUAUCUAUCUACAUGUCUUCCCCCCCUCAUGUUCACUCUCUCGCACUGCAGUGUUUUUUAUGUUACAGAGACAAUCCUACUACUCCUCUCUGUAACCCAAAGUAAAGCAGAAUGUAUCAUGUAAACUCUUAACUUUAACUUUAUUUGAUCGGAUAAAUGGCUUUUACAAAGAAUCAUGUAUGAUGGAAAAUUAAAAAUACCUAAUAUAUAUUUAGUGUACACUACACUAAUCCAAUUCCUUUUUUUAAAACUAGGAAACUACUGAAUGUUUCAUAUUCACAGCUCCACUGUAAGACUGACCGCUAGACUGCUAGAGACAAACAAUGAUUGAUCAUCUUUAAAUGUGUUCUCGACUGUCAGCACAAUGUUGGAAAAGUACUUGUUUUUAUGAAGGUUCAUAUAAUUUCAGAUGACACCUGAUAUUCAUUCCAAUUGAAAUUGUUAUGGGCAUGAUUAUGAAAACAGUAAUAAAGAAUUUAUAUUGGU